ACAUUGGUUUCGUAUUUGGAGCACCUUUCGAAUAUUUCAUCGCUGAUGAAAUUUUUCAUUCCCAAAUAUUCUGAAAUUGAGAAGGGGCUGAACUUGUACAUCAUGAGACGGUGGACUGACUUUGCUAAGUUUGGGUAAGAUCUAAAACCAGGUACUACAGUAAACCCCCGUUGAUAAGAACCUACUUUUUUGGGAGUGUGGCAAAAUAGGCUCUUGUAUUUUUGGUACUGAAAGUGGCAAUUUACGCUAAGUAGGUUCAUAAUCAGGUUCUAUGAAAGAGAUAAUAGAUUUUUCACUACCAUAAAAAAUUAUAUAAAUUUUUUAUUUAUUCACACGAUUGUACUUUUAUAACCCUAACAGAACUGAUUGCAGAAUUUACAUAUUCAGUUUAGUAGAGUGUGUUUUUGUUAUACUUAUAAACUUACAACUAAAAGUUAUAUUUCUUUGUCAUGUUAUAAAGUAUAUAUUAUAAUUUAACAGUAACAUGCAUGAGAACCUGCUUGACCUUGCUUGUCUAAACAGGUUGUUGUAUUUUGGGGUUUUAAAGUAGCAAAUUAAGGUUCUUAGUCCACAUGUUCUUAUGAAUUAGCAGGUGUUUACUGUAAUUAAAGAGGGAGGGUUAAACCAUACCCUAUGCCACUUGAUAGCUUUCAGGAAUAAUACAUGGAUAGAUAGAUAGACAUUUUUAUUUAACCAUGGUCAGGUAUUAUCGGCUACAGACGCUGGUUUACACAAAAGCCGUGUAUUAAAAUACGUAAAUAUCCAUCAGAGUUCUUAGUUUUUAAAUGUGGAAAAAAUAAGUUCAAAACUGUAAUGAAUAAUAGACAGCAAAACUGCGAGCGCUUAAUGCUUUAAAAAGUGCAGUCCUGUAGGGAAGAGCUAGAGUGCCAACCAUUUUGCUUUUUUUGUUUAUUAUUACUAUUAUUAUUAUUAUUAUUAUUAUUAUUAUUAUUAUUAUUAUUAUUAUUAUUAUUAUUAUUAUUAUUAUUAUUAUUAUUAUUAUUAUUAUUAUUAUUUUCCCCAGGAUCGUAAAAUCUUGGUUACCAUCAAGCUACUCAUUUUCUGAUUUUGCUUCGUUUUCAGGGAUCCUAAUGGCCCUGAUUCUCCUGUAACGUGGCCAAAGUUCACCAAAGCAAACCGAUCCUACCUGACCCUUGACGUGAAGCCCAAGGGAAAACAGAAGUACAGGGCAAAAGAAUUGGAAUUUUGGAAUAGUCUUAUCCCAAAGGUUAUAAGACAAACUAAGGGACAAAAAAGGAAA